CCAAGUGUGGCCAUAAAAAGAAAAAAAAAAAAAAAGACUACUUUUUGAAGAAAUAUUAAUAUAUUUGUUUUCCUUUGGUACCAUGAGCCAAUUACACGAGAUACUAUCAUAUUUUCAACAAGAGAAAGAAAAUUCUCAGAAAUGUGUCGGUUUAUAAAUUAAAUUUUGUCAAUCAAAACACAGUGGGUAAAAGUGAAUGCUGUUUGGAAGGGGGCACAGAUACCCGUUUCUUCAUUUUCUCUUUCUCAUUCGCCUACUCCUCUACUCGCCUCUUUGUAGACAGUAAAUUUACUACACAUAGGAUAAAUAACCAGUACCUUCUAAGUACCAGGGGCCGAGGAUGUGACGAUGGAUCUGGGAUCUGCCUGUGUCAGAGACUGGCUAGCUUAUCAUCAAACCUGGGCAUUUUCCUGGGCACGAAGUCAAGCUCUAUUUCCCAGUCUCCCCACAGUCAGGGGUGGCGCAUCACUGAGUUUCCAGCCAAGGCAAGAGAAGGCCUGGUCCGUGAAAACCCUCCAUGUAACACUCCCUCCUUGUUCUUUCUCCACCUGCUGGGUGGAUGGAGGUGAGCAUGGCAACCUUGAAGGCCAAGGACUGAGGGCAGUGGAAUCACAAGAUGCAAGGAGCCUGGGGCCUGACUUGCUGGAAGGCCACUCACUGAUUGGGACCCUUUUUUGGACUUCAUGCAAGUGAGAGGUCAACUUCCAUAGAGCAGUAAGAAGCCACAGAAAAUGGGAUGAAUUACAGCAGCUCAUCUCAGCAAUGUGAAGAAGAAAUAAAAUAUUCCCAGGAUGAAGAUUUUCCAGACGUGACUUUGAGUUAAAGAAGCCUUUUUAUAUUUGACAGGUGUUGUCAUCCAUAAGGAAGAACACUGUGAAACAGAAGAUUGAGUAAAGCCUUGUAUCAACUGGAUUAGAGGUUUAGAAAAGAAAGUUAAAAUUAGUCACUUUGGUUUCAGUGUUCAAAUUUCAUAUUCUUUCAUCUAAAUAGAUUUAGGGAGUAGAAAUUAAAAUUCAGUACUAUACCAGAGGAUGUGCUGACAUUCUGUUUUUCGUUUUUGUUUUUUGUUUUUUUCCUUUUUUAUGAGAGAAGGAGAUAGAUAACCAGGAAUAUAGUUAUUCAUAAUGAAAUAUACGAAGUUGGAUUUUGUGACGUCAGUUCUUGGAAUUAUAAUCUAUAUCAUCGAUUUAAUUGUGGACAUCUGGGUGUCUAUCAGGUUUUUCCAUGAAGGACAGUAUGUUCCUGGUGUUUUAACUGUAAGCUUUGUGCUCUUUGGAACACUCGUGGUCCAGUGUUUUAGUUAUUCUUGGUUCAAGGCUGAUUUAAAGAAAGCAGGCCAAGAAAUUCAGCAUUGUUUUCUUCUACUUCAUUGCUUGCAAGGAGGAGUUUUUACAAGGUAUUGGUUUGCCUUGAAAAGGGGUUAUUAUGUGGCUUUCAAGUACAGCAGCAAAACGGAUAACUUCGUGGAAGAACAAAUUGAUCCUCAUAAAGAAGUUAUAGAUAGGGUGACUGAUUUGAGCAUGCUCAGGCUGUUUGACACCUACCUGGAAGGCUGCCCACAACUUGCUCUCCAGCUCUACACCCUUCUGGAAAAUGGUCAAGCAAAUUACACUCAGUAUGCAGCCAUCAUGGUCUCUUGCUGUGCUAUUUCUUGCUCGACUGUUGAUUAUCAAAUAGCUUUAAGAAAAUCCUUGCCUGAUAAAAAUCCCCUUAAAGGACCCUGGCCCAAACUCAUAUAUCUCUUUUAUAAGUUAUUUACAUUAUCAUCCUGGAUGUUGAGUAUUGUACUUCUUUUAUUCCUAAAUGUUAAGGUAGCUUUAUUUCUGUUGUUACUUCUUUGGUUUUUAGGUAUAUUGUGGGCAUUUAAAGAGCAAACUGAUUUUUGUGCUUCCAGGAGUAUGGAAUUCAUAUACAGGAUUGUUGUUGGAUUUAUUCUUACCUUCACGUUUUUUAAUAUUAAGGGACAGAAUACCAAAUGUCCAAUGUCUUGUUAUUAUACUGUAAGGGUAUUGACCACAUUGGGGAUAGUGAUUGUGUUCUGGUUUUGCCCACUCUCUAUUUUUAAUUCACAUUAUUUUAUACCUAUCAGCAUCACUAUAGCUCUUACUCUUCUUCUUGGAAUUAUUUUUCUUAUUGUUUAUUAUGGGACUUUGCAUCCAAACAAAAGUAAAGAAACAACACUGGACGAAAUUGAUGGAAAACCAGUUCAAAGAGAUUGUAGAAUGAAGUAUUUCCUAAUGGAAUAAGCUAUUCAUUUACAAGAUAUGCUUUCUUAUUUUUUGUUUCGUUGGUUAGUAAAGAAAAUGUUUGUGUACAUGUGUGUUUCUUAUUUUUGCCUUCUUGAAUUUGAGAUCAGUUCUGGUAUUAAUUAUGAAGGUUAGAGGGUAUAAUAAUGUUUUUAUUUUAUAAAUUAAUUUCUUACUUGGUUUUAAAAAUCUUAGGCACUUAGAUAUAUUUGCCUCUGGUCUGGUAGAGUUGCCUUCUUGAGCCUGGAUUGAAAGAAAUGGCCUGGUUCCCAUUAUUAGAUGGCUGGAAUGAACUUCCCUUCAGCUUUUCCCUGAUAAUUUCUGAACUAAAAGUGAUAUACUUGUUGUGGGAAGCUAAAAGGAAGAGAAGAGCAGGAUACUCAUUCUUCUUUCCUCUAUUUUCUUGGUCCAGUGCAUAUAUUUUGAGUUGGGGACAGAUUGAGUAGAGCAGGGAUAGGUGGGAAGAGGAAGAAAACAAAAUAAAAUUUACCGUCUUAACUA